AUGGAGGAGACUACUGGAGUCCUGAAGGAGGGCUUCCUUGUCAAGCGGGGACAUAUUGUUCAUAACUGGAAAGUAAGAUGGUUCGUUCUGCUACAGGAUAAGCUGCUGUAUUAUAAACUUGAAGGAGGCAAGAAGGAGUCUUCUCCAAAGGGCAGGAUCCUUUUGGACGGCUGCACUAUUACUUGUCCAUGUCUGGAAUACGAGAACAGACCGUUACUUAUCAAACUAAAGACAAAAACCAACACAGACUAUUUCCUUGAAUGUUGCUCUAGAGAAGAGCGAGACUCUUGGGCUUUGGACAUCACUGGAGCUAUUCAUGCUGGUCACCCAGUGCAGGUGCAAGAGCUUCACAGAAUGAAGAACUCUUUCAAACUGCUAGAGAACAUCAGCCUCCACCACAUAGUGGAUAAAAUGCGUGACAGCAGUACUGGAAUUAAGCUGACCCUCAAUGUGGAGCAAGGCAAUCGAUACAAAGAGACCUUCACAGGUUCCGCUCUGGUGGACUGGCUCAUCUCCAACAGCUUUGCCGUGUCUCGGUUUGAGGCCGUCACCCUGGCCUCCAUGCUGAUGGAGGAGAACUUCACCAAGCCCGUGGGGGCACGCAGCACCGGGGCCACGCGCUACAGUGACCUCUCUGAGCAGUUCCUCGAUGACUCCACCGCACUGUACAUGUUUGCUGAGACCGGUAAGAAAAUGCUCAGUUCCAAGGAAGAGCUACAAUUUAACAUCUCCGAAUUAAGUGGCACAAUUGUGAAGCAAGGAUACUUAGUGAAACAGGGACACAAGAGGAAAAACUGGAAGGUGAGGAAAUUUGUUCUGAGAGCUGAUCCUGCUUUCUUGCACUACUAUGACCCCACCAAGGAAGAGAACAGACCAGUAGGUGGAUUUUCUCUUCGUGGCUGUCUUGUCUCAGCACUGGAGGACAAUGGAGUCCCAGCAGGUGUGAAAGGCAAUGUGCAAGGCAACCUCUUCAAAAUAAUCACCAAGAAAGACAUUCAUUAUUAUAUCCAGGCCAGCUCCAAGGCAGAGCGAACACAAUGGAUUGAGGCAAUCAAACCACUGACAUGAACAAGAUGGACUCCAUGCCAAACAAUGUCACAUCUGUGACCAAGUUCCCUGCUCUGUUUGUCAGGGAGUGAUGGUUGUUUUUUUUUUUUCCUUAACCAUUAUAUUUUUGUCAUGUGUACUGUCACAGCACCUAGCAAUUCCUGUCAGAUCAGAAUCCCAGGUGGCUAGGAUCACACAGAUCUGGAAGAACUUAUGCUCUAACCAAGAGACAAAGAACAACAAGUGGUUACAAAUAAACGACGCUUUACAAGGACUUUACAUCUUUCAAGAUGGAAGAAAAAGAACCUUUUGUACGAGUAUUCAGUCUACAUCUGACAGAUCCAGACUGUGCUUUAUUUUAAAGCAAAAAUGUCUUGCUCCUUUCUCCUUUAUAAAGGGGUUUAUAAGCUUAAUUAGUUCAGAUGGACUGAAUCAAAGUGAAUGAACUGAGUCACAGUCAUGAAAGACCCUGGUGUCUGAGUCUGCCUUUCUUGAUACAUCAUGAUAAAGCCUUGCUCAAGCUUAGCUCUGGUGUCAUUAAAAAUACAUCACACAAAAAAAAGUUCAGUGCAUUCGAUUCUCUUGUGCUCUUUAGAUACCAUGUUUCUCAGAGAUCAGUAGGAAUAAGUGAAAAUAAUGGUUACAUAGACCUUAAACCUAUAGUACUAUUAGAAAGUGAAAAACUGUCUGUAGUGGCAAAGUAGAACUGAAUAUAUGAGAUGAUUGAAACAUCCAAUCAAACUGCUUAUAUGAUUUAUAUUAUUAUUUAUUAUUUAUAUUAUUAUAUUUAUAUAUCUUAUAUUAUUAUAAGAUUUCUGAUAUCUGA